UUGAGAAAUAAAAAUACUUUUAAAUAGAAUUUGUAAUUAAUUUCUGAAAAUAAUGUCUAAACUAUUGCUCGUAUUCCUAGUACUGGUAGCCUAUGCCUCAGCCCAGAGACAAAUGGGCCAGGCUGGUCUUAACCUGCUAGAAAAUGCCGAGGGCUUUGUGGCUACAUUUUACUACGACCAAAUUGGACAGAAAACAAUAGGCUACGGACACGCGUGUAUAUGGCAUAACAAUUGCGAUGAUAUCACACCACCGAUUACAGAGGCUCAGGGCACCCAGAUACUCAUGUCAGACCUGGUUGAGUUUGAGCAGUGUGUCCAAACAGCGGCUCCUAAUUUGAAUCAGAAUCAAUUUGAUGCCUGUGUGGACUUUGCAUUUAACAUGGGUUGCGGUGCGUUUCAGAGCUCAGACAUCCUGACAAACAUAAACGCCGGUAACUUUCAGGCGGCCGCCAAUGCGUUCACUGAGUACAACGUGGCCGGGGGUCAAGUGAUCGACGGGCUAACUGUCCGCAGACAAAACGAGAAGAAUUUAUUUCUCAGUUAAAGUUUGAUUUAAUAAAAUCUCAAAAUUUAUGUAUAAUAUUGAGUAUAUUUUAAGAAAUAUUUAAAUAUGAAUUUAAGUUGAAUAAAAGCGUGAUUUAAA